CUCUCUCUCUCUCUCUCUCUCAUGGUGGCUCGUACAAACCGAUCUCCUUCGCCACUUCCAUCGAGGCCCACUAACCAAAACCCAAGAAACUCUGAAAUGUACUCAGCAACAAGAAAAAGUUUUAAUGGGAACAAUAUCUUGAAACCUUAUGCUCUCACAAAUCCCAGACGAUUUGAUCCAGUGACCCCUGCGAGUAGCCCAUCAGAUUUUUCCAGAAGACGUUCAGUGAGUAGAGACUGUGAAGAAAAGGAGAACAAUGAAAAGGACCAAAACCAGAGGACUCCAAAACUCCAUCCCUCCUCAGCAAAGGGCUCCAAGAAUUUCAUGGCCCCAACAAUUUCUGCUGCUUCAAAAUUCACUCCAUCGCCCAGAAAAAAACCCUUAGUUGAGAGAAACGACCCCUUAAGGACCUCAAUCUCAUUAUCCGAUGGGAAAGCAAUGUUCUUCUCUAAUGCUUCUGAAGAUUUAGAGCCCAAACCUGACAUGAAUUCUGCUAAUUCAGGAAAAAAGGAGCCUUUUCAAGAAGCCCUUCAAGCUCCCAAGCCAUUUAAAAAAGUGACCUUUCCAGAUGUUCCUCUAGAAUCACUUUCAGAUUCAGUGAUAACUGACUUUGACUGCUCAAAAAUGGAGUCUUUUUCGAAGGAAAAUAACAUUUCUUGCUCGCCCAUCUCAACUCCUAUAGCCCCGCUCGAUGCUGAUCCAUCCAUGCCUUCUUAUGAUCCGAAGACCAAUUUUUUAGCCCCAAGGCCUCAGUUUCUUUACUACAGACCAAAUCCCAGAGUUGAAAUUUUCUUGAACAAUGAAAAGGAAAUGGGUGAUUCUAGAAAUUCUGAGAAGGAUAACUUCAUGUCAGAUAACUUGUCUGAAAAAUCUGUACCAGAUUCUGAGGGAACAGAAGCUUAUGAGAGGGAUAUGGUGAUUGGAUUAGAGUUCUCUGAAGUUAACGAUUUCGUUCAUGAUUCUAGAGAUUCUGAGAAGGAGAAAUUGGAGGUAACUAUUGCCUCAUCAGAAUUGGUAGAUUUGAAGUUGCCGAAAGUUGUCAAUGGUGAUAUUCGUGCUCCUGAAGACACUGAGAAGGAAAAUAUGGAAGCAAUUGCUUCAGAGGAUAUGUUUGAAGGAGUUGACGUGGAGGAUGAUGAUUUUCUUAAUGAGAAAUCGAAUUUUGUGGAGAAGAGUAACAAAAAGAAACCAUGGAAGGUCUCUAGAUUAGUGUGCUUCUCUGUGGUUGCUAUGAUGAUGCUGUUAAUGGCUGCAUGUGUGUCGUUAUCUGUCACGCAGCAAUCUCCUUCGUUCGGGAAGUUUGGGUUUACUAAAGACUUGGGAUUUGAAGCUGCUACUAAUGUGAAAGUGAUUUUCGAUGAGCUUGCAAGGCGUGUGAAUCAGCUCUCAGUUUAUUCUAUAGAUUUCAUCUCUAAGGUGACUGAUGAACUUGGCAAAGAGGAAACUCAACUGGGCCCAUUGAAAUAUAUGAACCUUUCUUCUGACCUGCAAAUGGAUUCUUGGGAUGAUUUCGCACAUUUUUCAAGCAAAAAUGAGGUCAGCGAGAAUUUCACAGAGAAUGAUGAUGAUGAGUUGUACGAGGAGAUGGAUGCUGAAAUUGAGAAUUUUGAAGAGGAAAUCGAAGCAUAUAAAGAGAACAAUGAUUCCGUUGAGAACCUUGAGGAAGAACUCGAUACACGGGAGAAUGAAAUGCCUGGAGUCAUAGUCCAUUAUGUCCCUGCAGAUCAUUUGGCUUCAAUUAUUUCACAGGUCCAAGAAAAUCAGGCUGAAGCUAAAAUCGAAGUUUUUCCUCCCGAAACAAUGGAAAUAGAAAAAUCCAAUGUUGACAGCAUUAAUCAUGGUCCUGAUGAUAAUACUGCUUUGUUGGAUCAAGACAGCUCGUCGGAUGUUAAUUCUCUAACAGAAGGUGCCCAAAGUUCGUUCGCUUCAGAAAAUGAGUUUCUUACUCAUUAUUACACGAUUGCCGUUUCUACCCUCCUUGCGGCUCUAUUGGCAUUUGCUGCAGCCUAUUUCUCUUAUUACAGGAGAAAAACUCCCAGUCUAUGUUCUGCCAAUCUCAUCCAAGCCAACAAUAACAGCAUGAAGCAACUAGGGAAGGAAGAUGAUGAUGUCAUUAGCAAGUCAUCGUGCCCUUCAGCAAUGAGCAGCUUCCAAAAGAACGUAUCGUCUUACAACAAUGGCAAGAAAACGAGAAAGAACCAUUCAAAAAGGGAGCCUUUGGCCUCUUCUUCUUCAGAGUUUACUACAGGCUCGCCUUCUUAUGGUAGCUUCACUACUUUUGAGAAGAUUCCAGUCAAGAAUGCAAAUGGAGAGGAGGAAAUUAUAACUCCGGUGAGGCGAUCAAACAGGAUUAGGAAUUAUCACUAAUUCACUUUCUCUCCAUGACAGUUUGCAUAAUUUGGUUAAUUAGGACUCGUUUGAUGUUCAUGUGUAUCGAUUAUAGUUAGUUUCGUUUGUUCGGUUUGACUUUGACUUUUAGUUAGAAUGAAAGUGUUGUGUGUGUGUGUUUCAUCAUUUUCUUUUCUUUUCCCAUUUUAUGUAAAAGGACAAGUUUCACUCUAAUAUUCGAAAUAUACUUCAUUUUCACUUUGGUA